AUGCUCGGCAGGAGGCUUCCAUUGGGUUAGAACCGUGAUGUCAUAAUGCCGGUGGCUGACAUCAGGCAAGAAGGUGCAACUCCGAGGCGCCAUGCUGGAGCUGAAAUGGCUGCUUAUCAGGGGUCCCGCCUGUGGAGGCGCCACACCAUGCACAAGGAGAAGGAAGCCAAGAACGCAGAGAUGAAGAUCAACUGCAGAGACAUCAUAUGCGUCCAGGAUAACUGGGACGUGGAGGAGUUUGUCUCAAAGGUGUGCAUGGGCAGGUUUCUCAACCAUCCCGCCUUUAAAAUCACGCUGGCCGCGCUCAUCAUCGGCAACGCGCUCAUCAUCGCUAGCCGGACGGAGACGAAGGUCGAAGAGAAAUACUACGGGUUGUUCUCUGCCAUAGAUAACAUCGUCUUGACUGUCCUUACCUGUGAGGUGCUUCUCAACUGGUACUAUGGAUUCCGGAUGUACUGGAAGGACGGUUGGAACGUCGUCAAUUUUUUUAUCGUGGCAUAUCUCUGCGUGGGGCCUUUCAUCCCUGUGCUGAACAACCAAAAAAUUUUCUGGGUCCUCAGGGUGAUGAGGCUGAUGCAGGUCUGCACGCUGGUCAACGGGCUGGCCAGGAUGAUCCGGGUGAUCCUACAGUCCAUCCCAGACAUGGCCAAUAUCAUGGCCCUGCUCUUUGUCAUCAUGCUGGUCUUUUCAGUGUUCGGAGUGACACUCUUUGGAAAUCUGGUCCCGAUGCACUUUGGAAAUCUAGGGGCGUCUUUGUAUUCGCUCUUCAUCUGCCUCACGCAGGACGGAUGGAUGAACAUAUAUAAGAUCUUUGAGGAAGAGGGGAUCACCCUGAAAAUAGGGGGUGGCCUUUACUUUUUCAUCUUCAUCACGGGCGGGGCCUUUAUCUGCACCAACCUGCUGGUGGCCGUGGUGACGUCAAACCUGGAGCAGACAAUGCUCGCCUACGCUGAGGAGAAGCAGAAAAGAGACCAGCUCCUCCACCCCGACAAGUACGUGGACCGGGAGUUCGAUGUUGGGGAUGACGACUCAUCUCCGGAGCUGAACUUGGUGCAUUUGAAAGCAGUGAUGCAGGAUACUCCCAUGACGCAUCGCCAGAUGCCGCUGAUCUCCGGCAACCUGGGCAACCUGACUGAAGCUACCUGUGACGAUUUCUGUCUCAUCUUGGAAGGGAUCCAAGAGAACCUGAAACGAUACAAAGAGAUCCGGGAUGAGCUUAGCACAAUAGUCAAGGAGGUGAGGUCCAUCGCGUUCAAUAAAGAACAGGAGGAGGAGAGAGUGCUGCGAAACAUCCAGAACACCAACAUCUCUGACGGCCUGCUUUGCAACGAGGUGGCUGCUGGCAGGUCUGGAGAUAUCCUGUCCACGCUGAUGACUCUGGAGAAGGCGAACAUGAUUGACCCACAGGAUGUCACGUCAUCAGGGUACCACAAGGGGGCAGUGAAGAUGGCCUUCUUGAAAGCCCGACGCCAGUCUCUUCCUAACCAGUCAGUCCCUCCUUAGCCGUGCCGGAGCGGGACCAUGGAGCUGUGAGUGGGAAUCUUCCCCUGGACCGUGCAACCGUGGAGCUGUUAGUGGAGCUGCAGCGUAAAUGCUUCCUUUGUAACAAAGGGGGAUUUAUUUGCUUUGCUGAGGAGACGCUUCUGUCUUUGGGAUGCCGAGGAGCGAGUGUGGACAAGGGGUAGGAGCUCCAAGGAGCACGCGCCAUGAAAUACCAGCUUCUAGACAGACAAAGCAGACCUGGAGGAGUGGCAGGAGACAGGGGUGGCUUGGAUUAAUGCCAGGUCUGUCAUGUUUGCUGUGUGCAUUGGGAUGACUCUGAUAUGGCCUGGACUGUCUCUUGGAUGGAGACCAUGUCAGAGUAUUCAUGGUUUGGUGCCUCCAAAGCACAAAGCAAAGAACGUCAGGGAAAGAAGAGUUGCUGCACAGCCCGCGCCUGUGGUCAGAGCAUCGGCUCCCACCCUCUGUCCCAGAGCCCCUGGGCAUGUGUCUGUGUAAGUCUCAGGGGAAAUCACCUUUGGGUACCUUUGCACAGGUGAGAACAGAGCUGUCCAGGUGGUAAGAGCAGGAUGAAGCACUGGGUGUUCAUGCUUGUGCCUGUAAAAGGGGCUUCUCUUGCAGCGUCAGGAGCGGAUGCAAUGUCCAAAUCUGGAAAAUGUGUGGUGGAGCAGAAGAUGUGUCCAUCACGUUGUCCUGGCUGAUGCCUCCUUGAGACUCUACCGACAGGCAGCUACCUGGAAGUCCAGGACUAGUUGCACAGGCCCUGCCCUGUGCAGUGAGUGGAAAAGGGCUGAUGAAAUUAUUUCCCACUUUUAAUACCCAUUAUCAAGUUCUGGACCACGUUCCCUACCUUGGCUGCUCAUGACGGUGAGUGACACAACCCAGUGAGGUGCUGACGUGUCUCCUGGAUGGGAUCGGUUGACUUUCCAAAGCCAGGAGGUGCUCCGUCUCACAUCUGCGUUUCCCACCCAGCGCUCUCCAGACUCCAGGUGCAGAAGGAGAUUGCUCUGCUUCAGCUGUAUCUGAUCCCCUGUUCGUUGGACUCCAGCACUCCUGUAGCCUUGCAUUAAAAUGAGCAGUGUCUGGGGAAAGUAGCUGUAGCUGAUGCCAGCAUAUUUGAGACUAAUACUAGUCAAGAAAUACCUGGCUUGUGUCGAUCAGCUGUGAUGCUUGUGCGGGUCUCGGAUGAAUGAUCAUAAUAAAGAGCAUUGAGCUGUGUUUCUGAA